GUCGGCAGCUCUUCUGUUCUGCGUGUUUAGGCAGAGAGAUGACUCAAAGAAUUGGGCUCCUGUUUUGCUGCCGAACCCGGGGGCUCCGGUGUCCGCCGCUGUUUCUCCUGGGCGUGACCUGCCACGCCGUUGUCCUCUGCUCCUUGCUCCCUGGCCUGGAAGGAAGUGCCCGCCUUUGGCAUCUUUCCAGUAACGUGUCGCACCACGAGCUGGGCUUUUGUGAGACAGAAGCUAAAUUAGCCUUGUCUCUCGACUUUUGGACUCUGUCCUCCGAAAACCUUAAAGCCGUGUUGCCAGUUGAUCCUGUUAAAGAAAAUUAUGUUCGUAAAGUGAAAAACUGUAUUUUUUCAAUUGCCUUCCCUACUCCUUUCAAAUCAAGAGUACGUCUUGUAGCAGUUUCAAAGGAAGUUCCAGAAGAUAUUUUGGACCUUGACUUAUCUGUCUCCGAAACAGAUGAUUUUAUCCAGCUUGUGAGUGGUGAAAAGAUAGUAUUUGGAUCCAUUCCAUUGGCUCACAGAUAUGGUGGGCACCAGUUUGGGAUAUGGGCAGGUCAGCUUGGGGACGGAAGAGCCCAUCUUCUUGGAAUUUACAUGAACAGGCAGGGUGAAAAGUGGGAGCUCCAAUUAAAGGGCUCAGGAAAGACUCCAUACUCCCGAAAUGGUGACGGCAGAGCUGUACUUCGUUCCUCAGUGAGAGAAUUUUUAUGCAGCGAGGCUAUGCACUCUCUUGGAAUUCCAACUAGCAGAGCUGCAAGUCUGGUUGUGAGCGAUGAUGAAGUAUGGAGAGAUCAGUUCUACAAUGGAAACAUUGUGAAAGAAAGAGGUGCAAUAGUGCUGCGUGUUGCAAAAUCAUGGUUUAGAAUUGGAUCAUUAGAAAUUUUGGCUCAUUAUGGUGAACUGGAUUUACUAAGGACAUUAUUAGACUUCAUCAUACGGGAGCACUUCCCCUCAGUGAAGGUCACAGAACCUAACAGAUAUGUGGAUUUUUUCUCUAUUGUGGUAUCAAAGACGGCACAACUCAUUGCCUUGUGGAUGUCUGUUGGUUUUGCUCAUGGUGUUUGUAAUACCGAUAACUUCAGUUUGUUAUCCAUUACAAUCGACUAUGGCCCAUUUGGUUUUAUGGAAGCCUAUAACCCAGAUUUUGUCCCAAACACAUCUGAUGAUGAAAGAAGAUAUAAAAUAGGAAAUCAGGCCAAUGUUGGGAUGUUUAAUUUAAACAAGUUGUUGCAAGCUUUAAACCCAUUACUGGAUCCUAGGCAAAAGCAGCUAGCUGCUCAGAUUCUUGAGGGGUAUCCAGUUCUUUAUUAUACAAGAUUUAGAGACUUGUUCAAAGCCAAACUGGGGUUACUUGGAGAGAGGAAGGGUGAUGAUGAUGUAAUUGCAUUUCUCUUACAUCUCAUGGAAAAGACAGAAGCUGAUUUUACAAUGACAUUUCGGCAGCUCAGCGAGAUUACCCAAAGCCAGUUAGAGGAGCUCAACAUUCCCCAGCAAUUCUGGGCACUGAAGAUGAUUUCAGAGCACAAGCUUUUUCCUGCCUGGGUGUCCCAGUACCUUUUGAGACUGAAGAGUAACAUGAAUGAUUCAGAUUCUGAAAGAAGAAAAAGAAUGACAACUGUUAAUCCUAGGUAUGUACUGAAGAACUGGAUGGCAGAAUCUGCAGUGCGAAAAGCAGAAAGGAAUGAUUUUUCAGAGGUCUGUCUUCUCCAGCACGUUCUUCAGCAUCCUUUCCAGAAGCAUUCUGCAGCGGAGAAAGCAGGCUACUCCUCACCUACUCCUUCUUGGGCUAAAGACCUUAGAGUUAGCUGCUCCUCUUAAUUUAGGGUGAAUAAAUUAAGGAAUACUUCUGUCAUUGAAUUCGACAUAGAGUGAUCUAUUUGAUAAAUUCUUAAUGACUACAUUUUGAUGACAACCCCACAUUUCAUAAAAAGGAUUAUGUUUGCAAAUAUUUUUUAAUCAAAUAAACUGGACCUAUUCUUUGGAACAACUUUGUGAUCAUUUUUGUUCUAAUGAAUAACUUCGGUGGAAUAAUAAAAUAUGUUUGGUAAGGUGUUUGAGUUAUUCUCAAUAACUGAAAAAUCUUAUGGCAAUCUUUUAAUGAACUUGUAAGUAUUCAUCUAUGACAUGCUAUGUACCCAGUGCUGUGGGGCACAUCGGAUAAGUAUGCAGUUUAACCACACUCCUAGGGCUUUUUUGUCUCUUAUAGUGGUUUUCAGACAUUAACCAAAGUAAAGAGAAUAGUAUAAUGAACCUGAUUUACCAGCCAGCUUAAUUAUCAAUGUGUGAUCAGUGUUAUUUCAUCUACAUCCCUACACAUUUCCCCUCAUUUCUAGUUAUUGUUUUAAUUGAGGUAUAAUUUCUGUAUCCCCACAUAAGUUCCCAGAUGUGUUUCAUUUAGUUUACAAAUAUUUCUAUACGCAUCUCCAAACAUUAAUGACUGAAAACACAUGCCAAACCUUAUCACCUUAAGACAACUGAACAACUCCCUAAUUCAUCGAAUCAAAUGACUAGUUUUUGGAUUUUUCCUAUUGUUUUAUAAGUUACUAUCAUCACUAUUAUUAUUUUAUAGUUACUUAUUUGAAUUGGGAUCCAAGUAAAGACACAUUCGAAUUAGAUGACAAAAUCUCUUGAGUUUCUUUUGAUAUUUUUGGAUACAACCGCCUGCAUCUUCUUUUUCCUUGCAAUUUUUUGUUUUGGUUGAAGAGAGCAGGUUACUUAUCCCAUAGUGUGUCCCAGAGUCUGCAUUUUGCUGGUUGCAUCUCUGUGUUAUUGUUUAGCAUGUUGCUCUGUCACCUGUAUUUCUAUAAACCUUCUAUUUAUCGGAGGAAAUACUUGCCAUCAGAAGGCAAGUGUGUGUACUUCCACCAACAAGUACAUAUUGGCUGUCUCUUUUUGUGAUAUAAGCAGCCCCUGACAGUCAUCUCCUUGACCCACUGAUUCAAUAAGGUUGUAAAAUGAUAAUCUAAUCCUAGCAUUCAUUUGUUAGCUGUAAUCCUUCUAUAAAGGAAAACUUUCUAUCAUUAAUUAUUGGUUAUCCUGAGAUACAGAAAGGCAAAUGAUUGGUUCCCAAGCAUCCUCCAAAGACAGCCAGUAGGCUUAUUUGUUUUAGUAUCAUUAUGAACUCUUGAAUUUAAGCACAUUUUAUGUUUUAGAUUAUUGCAGUUAUUAUCCUAACCUAUGUACAAAUUGUCCCAUGUAUGGCCAGUGAGGUUUUAUUCAUGAUGGCUCCUCGUGUACAUGAUCCUAGAAAUUUGUUUUUCUUUUUUUUUUUAGAUUUUUAUUUAUUUAUUAGAGAGAGAGAGAGAGUGAGAGCACAGAGGAAGAGUGAGAGGGAGAAGCAGAUUCCCCGC